ACCGUCGCAGAGGCAGAGGACGCAGCUGUCACAUGCUGGAGAAGCGGUGCCUCGGAGCUGACCUACGGAAUGAGGAGCUGGACUUAAACAACAUAUUUCGUCAAAUGGGGGGCGCUUUUUAAGCUACACACCAUCUAAACAGUUACUGUGGUCACUACAAGCUUUUAAAGUUGUUGUCCGCGCGGACGCACUGUUUGGACUGGAGCACGUUCGGUCGUUUGAAUUACGUUACCGGGGAGACGGUAGUUAACGACGACGGGACACUCUAAAUUCGUGCGGCCAACAGUUUUUGAGUUCAAGCUUUCGCAAAGAAUAAAACCUACAGGGCAAAUUAAAUCCGCCGGAGCUGAGGAGAGCACAAGAAGUCGAGGACCGAAGCAGCAUGGUUACCACAAAGGGAGCAGGUUUGAACCCAAAUGCUAAAGUGUGGCAGGAGAUCCCUGACCACCAGAAUAACAUCCCAGAGGGGACGGAGGAAUCUCCAUGGAUGCUGACCUCCCCUCCUCCCGAUGAGAUGACAAACGGUUACUCAGAUGUUUCCUCUUCAGGGGGAAAAGGAUAUGACGCUGAGUAUCUGGACAGCACUGCUGACUAUGCCCCUGUACCCACAGAGGGCGUUGUGAAUGGCACUGACCACCCUGACAUGAUGUAUGUCUUUGACCCACAACGCGAGUCAGCAGUAGAUGCUGAUGCUUCAAAGGAACAACCAAUAUCUGAGGAGAGCCUUAGAGCGUCUCUGAAGAAACAGCUCGAGUUCUGCUUUUCAAGAGAGAACCUGUCUAAGGACCUGUACCUGAUAUCCCAGAUGGACAGUGAUCAGUUCGUUCCCAUCUGGGCCAUCGCUUGUAUGGAGGACAUCAAAGCGCUGACCACUGACAUGGACCUCAUUCUGGAUGUACUGCGAGCCUCUCCCAUGGUGCAAGUUGAUGAAACUGGAGAGAAGGUUCGGCCAAACCACAGUCGCUGCAUCAUUAUUCUGAGAGAGGUGCCAGAGACUACGCCAGUGGAGGACGUGGAGGCUCUUUUUAAGAGUGAGAACUGUCCAAAAGUGCUGAGUGUUGAGUUUGCACACAACAGCAACUGGUACAUAACGUUUCAGUCGGAUAUGGACGCACAACAGGCGUACAAGUACUUAAGAGAGGAAGUGAAAACGUUCCAGGGAAAACCAAUCAUGGCUCGCAUUAAAGCCAUUAACACAUUCUUUGGUAAGAACGGCUUCCGCAGCGUGGAUGCAAGUGUGUACAACCAGCACGCCCAACCGCAGGCUCAGUACGGCCCCCCAGUCUACAUGCAGCAGGUGUACAGCCCUCAGCAGCAGUACCCGGUAUACCCUGUGGUUUCUCCCUCCUGGAGCCCUUCAGUCAUGCCUUACUUUGAAACACCACUGGCACCUUUCCCACACAGCGGAUUCAUGAAUGGUUACAGCAGUCCUGGGAACUACAAAGCAAACUCAAGCUCCAUCAACACCCAUCGACCCCAAAGCAGGAACCGAAACCAUGUGAAGGGUCAGCCUCGGCCAGGAGACGCGACCCCUUCUUCUCCUUUGGCUCCGCCACCUCUGAUGGACGGCCUGUCUGCUCCCCUGAGUCCACAGCCCCUCAAGACGUCAGGGAUGCCGACUGGCACCACUUCAGCAACAACCUCUCUGCCCUCCUUCAGCCUCAAAGACACUUCUCCACAGGCCAUCAUACCCACUGGAUAUCUGAGCGGAGCCACACGCGGCAGGAGAGGUAGCCACAGAGGCAUGAGGAGGAAAAGAGAAGAUGAACAUAACACGAGGCCUGUCCCCCUGAUGGAGGCCAAGGUACCACCACCACCAAAGUUUGACCUGGCAACUUCCAAUUUUCCUCCUUUACCGGGAUCCGUGGUCAGUAUGAGGGGAGAAACUACGCCAGAGAUGCGCCUGUCUGAUGUUGUGCGUGGCCUAAAGGUGACCAACAAGGCUGUGAGUCAAGAGGUUACUGAAACUCGACACGCAAACAUCUCAGAAGAUGCUGUGAGCAAACCUGAUACUGUGAGCCCGGUUGCUACACCUGCACCUGUGACACGGCUCACACCACCGGUCUUAAGUGUUUGUCCACCAGAGAAGGAAGAGGAUAAAGCUGAAUCUUGUAUUCUAAGUGGAACAAUCUCCUCAUCCACGGAGGCUGCCUCACCAACGGCCUCUGAAGCUGCUUCCUCAACCUACAGCCAGUCUGUUUCUACAGAACAACUUUCGCCAUCUCAACCAACUCCAACAUCUCCGGCAUCAGAGCCGGGAUCAAGAAAGCUCAGCUAUGCAGAGGUUUGCCAGAGGCUGGCCAAGGACCCGCCACCAGCACAGACCCCCUCUCCCCCUCCUCCUCCCCCCUCCUCAGCCAGCCAACCCCUGCAGGAGCUCAAGGUCAACGGGGUUGAGGAGCCUCGGCCCAACUCCACGCGCGCUACACACAAACAGGAGAAACGCGGAGACGGUCGGCCCCCCCGUCAACCGUCACGCUCCUUCAGAGGAGCAAAUGGCCAAGUCCGAUCUGGAGGAUUGAAGGCUCGGGAGCAUCAGAGAGGCCUGAAUGCUGGCAAACCGUUUUCCCCACACAGGGGAGCCAGACACAGUGGCAAAGAACAGAACAUUCCCCCGAGGUCACCAAAAUGACUCCAGAAAGAGGAAUCUAUAAAACAUGAACUGAAAAGCAGAUAAAAACAAUAUAUGUAAAUAUAUAAUAUAUGUUAAUAGACAGAUGAAUAUAUUUCAUUUGACAGACUUUUGCAAAGAAAUGUAAUAUUGUUGCAGACCUGAAAUUAUUUAGAAAAACAAUGUAAAAAUCCUUUUUUUUUUAAAAGGAAAACGUGUAUAGUCUGUGGACAGAAUUGCAGACUUUUGGGGGUGAUAAAGCAUACUCUGCUUAAAGUAAUAUCACCAUAAUCUCAAAAGAUGCCCCCAGAAAUGGGCUAAAUCUGUAGUGUGUGUGUGUGUGUGUGUGUGUGUGUGUGUGUGUGUUUGUCUUUAUCUUUGAGUGUUGAAGGGAGGGAGAGGGAUCUUGUUACCUUAUUAUAAGGUAGUCAAACCUUUUCCAAGCAUCCAAAAUGAAGAAUGACGGACAUUAGAUUUCUUUCUGGGCGGUUAUUGUUGGCAUGUGAUUCAUCUUGAGCUUUUUGUCAAAGUAGUUUUGCUUUCAAAUCAAGAACAUACGAUUAUUGAUUAAAUGGAAGAUGUUAAAUCCAUGGCAGGGUAAUAGAAACAGCGGGAUGUGGGAUUAACGAAGAGUUUGAGCUUUGGCUUGCAAUGUUUGAAGAAAUGACAUCAUUAAUGUAGAUAAGAUCUACAAAGGAUGCUGGUGAAUACUAAAUGUCAUGGAUUCAGAACAUUGCAUUGUGUAAUGAUUAUAAUUGUUGAGUGUUUUUACAGCAGUUGUCGUUGUGAUGCAGAUAUCAGAUCAGUGCUACUAAUGCUGUCUAUUUUCACCAGAGCAGAUGUGCUUUAUCUUUUUGUUUUUUGCAGGGUAGCAUCAGUGAUUUAACUCCUGUGUAAAUCAGUACAUCUUGUAAAAAAUGUAGAGCAUGAAUACUUGAACGUUAGUUGUUAGCCAAAUAAGCUGCCGAUGCCGAUGACGUAAGCAGGAGCAGAAAAACUUCAUGUUUUAUCAGAUGACAGACAAUACUGCUGGUAUUUCUCAGAUAGCGAGAUUAAUGGGUUUAAUGGCUAUCUUUGGGUUCAUGUCUGGCUUAUGAUAUGGAUAUUGUUGUAUUUUCAGUUUCAGGACAUUUUUGUAGAGUAUGGUGGUAGAUCUUGGAGAAUAAGUUGUCCUUAAUUAAUGACUAGUAUCUGUAUGUGAAUUGCUAAAACAUAUCAGAUGACCUGAGGGAACUAAAGAGGAGAAAUUUGAAAUUUUCCUCCACCACAGAAACGUGUGGCUCCUUCCUAAUGAACGCAGCUUUUUGACGGUGGCCAGUGUUUUAACUUUAUUUAGUAACAUUGAUUGCCUGCAUCAUUCGUUUAGAUCGCAUACAUAAGUCCUCAGACAAUUGUAGUCUUUUUUUUUUUUUUUUUUUUGCAUAAAACCACUUUUGAGAUUGAUUUUGUAAAUGUUGAUAUGUUGUAGCUUUUCGUGAGCGUGUGUAUAUACAGAUUAUUUUUCAUCUGGGUUGUUAAUGUUCUUGUUUUUUCUUGCUGUAGAUGAGUUUCAUUUUCUAUCACAGUUUUUCUUCUCAUGGUUCAAGGUGUGUGUCAAAUUAGAAAAUGAGUGUGUAAUGGAUCUGAGAAAAGAUGCUUGGCUGUUGACAACUGAAUUCAAUACUGAUCAGCCCCUAAUGGCUCAGCAAUGAGCAGAGCAUGCCUGUAACUGUAGUGAUUUGAAUUGAAAUGCACUAUCCUUUUAUAAUCUCAAGGCUUUUAAUCAUUUCUGAAGUACGAAAUGUGAACAGAAAUGUUCGGCUUGAGCUCAAAUGUUUUCUUUCAUCUGAAUAGUCUAGGAUGUUUCAAAUGGAAAUUAACAAAAAAAUAAAUAGUGAAAAUAAAUUAGAUUUUCAAAAUCGGGGGGGAUAAAACUUUUCGCUUUGUUUCCUCCACUGAAAGACUUGACUGCAGUGUACAGUAAUUUGUAUCUUGUAAUCAGUAAUUAAGAUGUCACUUGUGUGUGUAUGUCUGUAAACGUGUGUGAGACAGAUUGAUUGCUUCUUCUUCAUGCUAUGUGAAACUAUAAUCUCAAACCAAAACUGCAGUGCCUCUAACAGUGUAUCAUUUCAGUAUAAAGACUGCUAGAAGUGUGAGCACAUCAAUUUGUCACACUAAACAAGGCUGGUUAGUUGGUUUUCAGAAUCCAACAAUAAUAGUUUAUGAUGCUGGGAGACACUAGAUCCUGCAUCUCACUUUACUGUGGGUGCAACCGCAGAGCUGGUGCUGGAUGGAGUGCAGCUUAAUUGUGUGUGUGUGUGUGUGUGUGUGUGUGUGUAUGUGUGCAUGCUUGUUUGUCCAUCAUGUGUAUGUGAUACAAUUUAUUUUGUUAGCUUGUCAAUGCAAUUCCAGUCUUACAUGUAAAUCCUGCUUAUAACUCACAAUCAAACAUGAGAUUGCAGUUUUCGUCAGUACACACUGGUUUAUUAAGUGAAUAUUUUAUUGCUGAGCUUGAAGUAUGAAAAUAAAGAUUUAUUUUUAAACACC